UCCUCGCAAAGAGGCGAAGAGACUUGAAGUUUCCCUUUCCCACAGCUGCAGUUUAAAAACGUCGGCCACAUUGUUACAAUGACGACAUGAAUAGUUUCUACUUGGCGUAAAGAAGUCGACGGUGAUGGCGUUUCAAUAAUGGCUGCGCUACAAACUUCAAAGGCCAAACUUUUGUAACUGGAAUCUCUCCCAGCCCGAUUUGCCUUCCCUAAAUUGAGGAAAAACAGCAGUACCAUGGCACAUUGUGCUUACGGUACUAUUUUGGCAUUUGUUUGCCUUUUCGGCGUGACCAAGAGUUAUCUGUCCAUACCUCUGAAAAUCUUCCCGGGGAAGUACAACGUGUCGUCGGCUGUGGGUUUGUCAGUCACUCGCCCGGUGGCGCUUGCUCCUGAUGGGAAGGGUCUGUCUCUGGCCUCCGACCCCAGCGGUCAAGUCAACUUUAUGGACAUGGUGGGCAACCUACAAGGGGACUCCGGAAGAGGCUACUACAUGGAAAUGUUCAUUGGCACUCCCGGACAACAGCUGAAUAUCCUGGUGGAUACCGGCAGCAGUAACUUUGCAGUGGCUGCGGCUUCAUACCCAUUUAUUACUCGCUACUUCGACACUGCACUCUCCAGUUCCUUCAGGUCAGAUGGCCAAACUGUAGCUGUCAGGUACACCCAGGGAAACUGGAUGGGUGAACUUGGUGUUGACCUUAUCUCCAUUCCCAAUGGCCCAAAUGGUACCAUCAGCGUCAACAUAGCUGCUAUCUUGUCAUCUGAGGGCUUCUUCCUACCUGGGAUCAACUGGCAGGGCAUCCUCGGACUAGCCUAUCCCAUGCUGGCUCGGCCAGAUUCAUCUGUGGAACCCUUCUUCAACUCUGUGGUGAAACAGCUUGGUAUUCCUGAUGUCUUUUCCCUACAGAUGUGCGGCACUGGAAUGUCUGCUAGCAGCUUAGUCGACCCCCCGGGUGGUAGUCUUAUCAUGGGUGGGGUUGAACCAACUCUGUAUCGGGGGUCAAUCUGGUACAGCCCUAUAGUUGAGGAAUGGUACUACCAAGUAGAGGUUUUAAAGCUGGAGGUUGGCAACCAGAAUCUGGACCUUGACUGCAGAGAGUAUAACAUGGAUAAAGCUAUAGUUGACAGCGGCACGACGCUGCUGCGACUUCCAGUCAACGUCUUCAAUGCGGUGGUGGACGCCAUCACACGCAGCUCUCUGAUUCAGGCGUUUUCAUCAGGGUUCUGGGAUGGGACCAAGCUGGCUUGCUGGAUGAGGGGAGAUACCCCCUGGAGAUUUUUCCCCAAACUGUCCAUCUACCUAAGGCACACGAACACCAGUGAAUCCUUCCGCAUCACCAUCCUUCCUCAGUUGUACAUCCAGCCUAUCACAGACAUGGAUGGCACGCUGGACUGCUACCGCUUCGGUGUAUCUUCAUCUGCUAACGGUCUCGUGAUCGGUGCGACUGUUAUGGAGGGUUUCUACGUGGUGUUCGAUCGUGCCCAUCGCAGACUGGGCUUUGCCCUCAGCAACUGUGCAGUUAACGGUGGAGUGGCUCUGUCCGAAAUCGACGGGCCCUUCUCAGCGGCGGACAUGGCGUCGGACUGCUCUGGCCGAGCGCUGCAGGAUCCUCUUCUUUGGGUGAUCUCCUACACUCUCGUGGCCGUGUGCGCCGUCAUCUUAUUUAUCCUGCUCCUGCUGCUGGUGCUGCCCUGCCGACGGCGAGGAUACUCCGGGGAGAUAACCGACCAGUCCUCGCUGGUGCGGCACCGCAUCAAGUGACUGAGAGGGAAGGCGCGGGCGACAGGCGCAAACGGGCAGGACGCCAGCGAGCGAAGCGCCGCCGCCGAGGUGGAAAAAGGGGUGAGGCUGCACAAGGUGGUUGACGUGGAAGGGUCCACCACCUCGGAGAGGGACAAUCCUUCUGAUAAGCUCUCAAAAAACACUGUCAGCGGUGCACAAUGAAAUGAACUCAUGGUUUGUAUUUUAACUCUUGAAGUGAUCUGUCCAUGCAGAUGGCUGAACCAAUCUAUGAAUCAGUGCUUUUCUUGAGCAAAUAUACACUCGCAUACACAUCUCUCAAUAAGUUAAGAGUAGCGUCGAAAGCAUAAUCUAUUUCAAUAGUUCAAUUACUAAUUAAUUAAAAAGUAAAAGUUAUACAUUAUAUAGAUUCCCUACACAGUGAAAUAUUACAUAAUUUCAGUUUUAUAUAGAAUUUGGAUGAUUACAGCUUUUUUUUUUUUUUUUUUUUUAUUUGACAGGAAUUGGCCUACUGUAUACGGACUCUAUAAGAUGUGAUUAUUGACAUAAAUAAACUUUUCCAGCGUACUCUAAUUUAUUGAGAUGUAUCUGUAUACUGUAUACAAAGAGUUAGGGAUGUUGGAACAGCGAGUUGCGCAAAAAGUACCGAAGCAUUCAAAAGAUUAGAGGUCAAAUUACGUUCACCUGCUAUAAAGUAUAUUUUAGGUUCAUCCUGAAAUUUCACCUGAAAUCUGAGUUUCUGAACUUUUUGUGAGUAGUGUUUGUAUUAGAGAUGUAAUUUUCCAAACAAAUAGAAUGAUUUUUGGUACAUGUGUUUAAACGUGCCUUUUCGCUCACACCGGUCGGUGAUGGAAUGUUUUACCCUCUUGUUCCUUUUAAAUUCGCCUCCAAAUUAUGGUUGAAUAUGUGGAAGGAAAAGCUGCUUGAACAGUAACUGACACUUCCUGCCAUACUGGAAGUAAAAUGUCACGUUUGCAUUGCUUGUAGUGCCUGCAGAAAACUCUUACACAGAGGUUGUGCACUUUUAUUCAACACUGUCAUGAAACUGAGUCCACCGUGCUUACAUUGCUUGUUUACACAAACCCCAAGUCUCCAAUCAAGGGGGUUGAUGUCGUGUUCUGGCAGUAUGUCAGGACUGUGCCAAAGUAUUUGCGCUUUGAGAUGAACUGAUCCACUAUUCCGGCUGUCCGGCCUGUAAAAGUGGAAGUCAGUUCAGCGCUUGACAUUUUGUUACAACAGUCGUUUAUGGAAAAAGCUGACGAGCGCCUCUACAUUCUGACCUGAAGCGGCAAAAAAAGGGUGACUUUCACCUUGCUGUUUGUAUUACCAGUUUUGGGUUGCACUUGUACAGCCCAAAUUGAUGUUCAAAUCUGUGGUCAAUGCUGAGCUGUUGUCUAAAUGUAGUUUUACUGAUUGUGUUUAAGUUCAACUUUAUAUUGAAAUCUAUUUGAAUGUGAGUUAUUAUUUCUGAAUUUUGGCACAUACUGCACAUUUGCAAAGAAGCAAUAUUAGAAUAUUCCUUUAGAACUGACUCAACCACACGUACAAUCAAAGCCGCACGACCUGAAACAUGGUUGGAGCUUCUUUUAAAACUUAAAUGUGGUAUCUAAUGCCAUCCAGUGGAAAAGAUGGCGAUUGCAAGCAAUUGACUCUCGAGGAAAGCCAAAGCCACUUGUUCUUGAAAGAAGAAUUGUAUAUUUUUCAGUACCAAGAUUGUAAAUGCUGCAAAUAAAGAACUUAUGACCACAUUGAACAUUUGAUUGU